AUGAUCCAGAAGACAGGACUAAAGAUUGAAGAGAUCAAACACUCAGUUGACCUCACUGCUCCACCCACCAAAGACUGGACUGAUGUCAGCGUCCGUCCAUCAUAUGAGGGGACUGUGGUGAAAGCUGUGGCUCAGCUGGAGGACACGCUCAGUAAACAGAUGAAGAAGCUGCUCGCUGAAGCUGAGCUGAAGAAGGUCCAGCAGUAUGCAGUGAAUGUGACUCUUGAUCAUGAUACAGCAAAUCCUAAACUCAUCCUGUCUGAUGAUGGGAAACAAGUACAACAUGGUGAUGUAAAGAAGAAUGUCCCAGACAACCCAGAGAGAUUUUCAGAUUGUGGUAAUGUUUUAGGAAAACAGAGUUUCUCUUCAGGCAGAUUUUACUUUGAGGUUCAGGUUAAAGAGAAGACUCACUGGGAUUUAGGAGUGGCCAGAGAGUCGAUCAACAGGAAGGGAAAAAUCAUACUGAUUCCUCAGAAUGGGUUCUGGGCUAUAUGGUUGAGAAAUGGAAAUAACUACAAAGCUCUCACUGGUUUUUUAAAUGAUCUCUCUCUGAAGUCUCCUCCUCAGAAGGUGGGGGUGUUUGUGGAUUAUGAGGAGGGUCUGGUCUCCUUUUAUGAUGUAGAUGCUGCAGCUCUUAUCUACUCCUUUACUGGCUGCUCCUUCACUGAGAAACUCUACCCAUACUUCAGCCCUGGUCCUAAUUAUGGUGGUAAAAACUCUGCCCCUCUGAUCAUCUUUCCUGUCAAUCAAACUGUCUGA